AUGGGGGCGCCGCGCCGGGUCCGACUGAUGGUGCUGCCGCGGAUGCUCUGGGGCUCUGUCCCCCUCUUCCUCCUGCUUCUGCCCCCGGCUGAGCCUAUCUGCCCUGAGCCAUGCGACUGCCAGCAGCACCAGCACCUCCUCUGCACCAACCGGGGCCUGCGCUCGGUACCCAAGGCUGCCGAGCCGCAGGAUAUCCUCACCUACAGCCUCGGGGGCAACUUCAUCGCUAACAUCUCUGCCUUCGACUUCCACCGCCUGGCAGGACUCCAGCGCCUGGACCUACAGUACAACCGGAUCCGCUCGCUGCAUCCAAAGGCCUUUGAGCGCCUGGGUCGAUUGGAGGAGCUCUACCUGGGCAACAACCUCUUGCCAGCACUGGCUCCUGGCACCCUCAGUGCCCUGGCCAAGCUGCGCAUUCUCUAUGUGAAUGCCAACGAGAUCGUCCGCCUCAGUGCUGCUUCCUUUUCCGGCCUCAGCAGCCUUGUCAAGCUGCGGCUGGACGGCAACGAACUGGGCUCACUGGGUGACUCCACUUUCUCAGAUCUGCCAAACUUACUUUACCUGCACCUGGAAUCCAACCGCAUCCGUUGGCUGAGCCGUGGUGCCUUCACUGGCCUGGCUAAGCUGCGCUUCCUCGACCUCUCAGGGAACAAGCAGAGCUCCCUUCGCCAUCCAGACAUCUUUGGACCACUGCGCUCCCUCCACACCCUCCUGCUGGCAAGCAACAGCCUGCAGCAGCUAACAGGGGGGCUCUUCCAGCACCUGCCCAGCUUGGCGAAGCUCUCACUCAGUGGCAACAGACUGGCUCACCUUGCCCCAGAUGCCUUCAUGGGGCUGAGUUCACUGAAGGAGCUACGCCUGGAGGGAAACCUGCUGAGCCACCUGCCUGCUGCCCUGCUGGAACCACUGAGCAGCCUAGAAGUGCUGGAUCUGAGCCGCAAUGUGCUGACUGCCUUGCACCCCACCACCUUCAGCCGCCUCAGCUGCUUGCGAGAGCUCAGCCUGCGGGAGAACGCGCUGGCCACCCUCCCCGGUGAGCUCUUUGCCUCCAGCCCGGCUCUCUACCGCCUGGAGUUGGAAGGGAACGCCUGGAGCUGCGACUGCCGCCUCCGUGGCCUCAAGCACUGGUUGGGGUCUUGGCACUCCCAGGGCCGCCUGCUCACUGUCUUCGUGCAGUGCCGCCUGCCGCCCACACUGGCGGGCAAGUACCUCGACUACCUGCAGGACGCCCAGCUGAAGCCGCCAGAAGACGGCGGUCCCUGCCACGACAGUGCCUUCCCAUCCUCCGCGUCCCCCCCGCCGGCGGCUGAGGUGCAGCGACGGCCGCCGACCGCCGCCGACUGGCUCGGCAGCAACAGCAGCGGCGCUGGCGCAGGGCUGACCCGCGGGGCGCCACCGGCUGCCUCUACCGCCCGCCUGAUGGGGGCGCCCGAGGACGCGGCGGCGGCGUCCAGUCCCACGCCGUCGGUGGCCGCGCCUGACAGCGCGGCGUGGCCUCGGCGAGCAGGGAAGGCCCGCUCGGCGCCGGCCGUCGGCGUUCUGCCGCUGGUGUCCGACCCGUGCGACUUCAACAAAUUGUUCCUCUGCAACCUGUCGGUGGAGGCGGUGGGCUCCAGCUCGGUGACAGUACGCUGGGCCGUGCGGCCGCACCGCAUUCCCCGCCUGCUAGGGCCGGCACGGUUCCGACUCCUCUUCGACCGCUUUGGCGCCGCUGUCAAGUUCCAGCGCUUCGUUUACCUGCCGGAGCGCGGAGAGCUGGUCGCCACCCUGCGGGAGCUCCGCCCGGACACCCCCUACCUCGUCUGCAUCGAGGGCGUCCUGGGCGGCCGCGUGUGUCCGGUGGCGCCGCGGGAUCACUGCGCCGGGCUGGUCACCCUGCCCGACAGCGGCUCGGCGGCGGCGGCGGCAGCGGCAGCAGGCGGGCCUCGGGGACCCGAUCAGCAGCUCCUUACCCUGGUGCUGCUGGCAGUCAACGCCCUAUUGCUUUUCGCGGCGCUGGCCGCCUGGGGCUCCCGCCUGCUGCGGAAGAAGGUGCUAGGGCGGCGGCGGCGGAAGGCGGCCCCUGUCCAUGUCCGGCAGCUCUAUUCCACCCGUCGGCCCCUCCGCUCUAUGGGCACCGGCGUCUCCAAUGACUUCUCAGGCUUCCAGUCCCACCGGCCGCCCCGCGGGGCCGCCUGCGCCCUCAGCGAGGCCGACCUCAUCGAGUUUCCCUGUGAGCGCUUCAUAGACAGCGGCGGCGGUAGCAGCCGCCACGGCGAUGACCAUCUCCUGCAGCGGUUCGCCGACUGA